UCGGUAAACCUAGACACAUGCCAAUUUUAUUUAUACUAUUCAGUUUGAUCCUUGCAUUAAACCAGCAAAUAAAUACUUUUAUUUUAAAUAAGACAGAUCAAAGUGCCCGUAUAGUGAAUGGUGAACUGAUUACCAUUGAUCAAGCUAAAUUUGUUGUUAAUCUACGUUUCUACGAGAAAUUCAUUUGUGGUGGUUCUUUAGUGGCAUCAAAAAUUGUACUCACUGCCGCUCAUUGUGUGGAUUGGUUAAGUCCCGCUGAAUUGUCCAUAAUAGGAGGAGCUACUUAUCUUUCUGAAAAGGAUAUUAAACGUUCUGUCUCAAAAAUACAUAUACCAGAAGAAUACAACUUCCUAACCAAGGAUAUGGAUAUAGCACUAUUGGAAUUAUCUGAACCCAUGGAAGGAGACAAUAUUUCUACUAUAGAGUUGUGUAAUACAAAAUGGAAUACUGGUGAUGAAAUGGCGGUUUAUGGUUGGGGUCGUAUUGCCGAAGACAUUGCAGAAAGCUCAGAGCAAUUAAGGAUCGUAAAAGUGCCGGCAGUAGAACAGAGCAAAUGCAGCGAUAUGUAUAAGGAAGUGGGAGAAAUAACAAAUUCAAUGUUUUGUGCUGGCGAUUUGAAAGGUAAGGAUUCUUGUAAGGCCGAUUCUGGUGGACCAGCCGUAUUGAAUGAUCAAUUGUGUGGUGUGGUAUCGUGGGGUGAGGGUUGUGCUCGUCACGAUUUUCCGGGCGUUUAUGCAAAUAUUAUGUUUGCUAUAGCAUUUAUUGAUAAAAUUAUGAAUAAGUAUGAAUCACAUUAAAUGUUUUAAUUUAGCAAGGUGCUUCCCAGAUUUUCAUAUUAUAAAGUUUUGUAACCAAUAAUUUAUUUAAAACAAAAUUAAAAUUAUCAUAUAUAAACAGAUACUUCGUGGGACUAUAUUCAAAAUUGUCUAUCUUACACAGCAAAAGUUUUCAGGGCAUCAAACAAAACUGUUGUUUCGCUAAUUCAACAGAAUUUUUAAAUAUCAAUUUAACAAAUGUUUAAUUUGUUUUCUUUAAAAUUUAUAUCGCGGAUGUUUACUAGAUUACCGAGACAUUUACAU